UCGGCCAAAACAACAGCUCGUCGCCCGACGCGUUCUAUUUCCUGUUAGCAUUUACAGCAUAGUCACCGACUAACUAAACGCGUAAAAUGUUAAACUAACGAAAACUUUUAUUUUUCGUUGAUGUUAUCUGUGUUUUGGCGUUAGCGUGCACUGAAGGCAAAGCUAAUCGGAGCUGCUGUCGCGCCGUUAGCUGCCAAGCUGCUAGCUAACCGUAGCUAACAUCGGCGAUCCAGCAGGGAAAGAUGGGGUCCAUCCUGAGUCGCAGAAUCGCUGGUGUUGAGGAUAUCGAUAUCCAGGCCAACUCGGCCUAUCGAUUUCCACCUAAAUCUGGGAAUUAUUUUGCGAGCCACUUCUUCAUGGGGGGAGAGAAAUUCGACACACCACAUCCAGAGGGAUACCUUUUUGGAGAAAACAUGGACCUGAAUUUCCUUGGAAAUAGGCCAGUGCAGUUUCCAUAUGUGACACCUGCACCCCAUGAGCCUGUGAAAACCCUGAGGAGUCUGGUCAACAUUAGAAAGGACUCUUUGCGUUUGGUCAGGUAUAAAGAUGACUCUGACACACCGGUGGAGGAUGGUGAAAAACCAAAGGUCCAGUAUGGAGUGGAGUUCACCUUUGAUGCUGAUGCUCGGGUGGCCAUCACCCUCUACUGCCAGGCGUUUGAGGAGUUCUCCAAUGGGAUGGCAGUGUACAGCCCAAAGGAUCCAUCAAUGGUCUCUGAAACUGUGCAUUACAAGCGAGGGGUGAGCCAACAGUUCUCCAUGCCAUCUUUCAAAAUAGAUUUCAGCGAGUGGAAAGAGGAAGAUCUGAACUUUGACCUUGAUCGAGGAGUGUUUCCCAUGGUUAUCCAGGCUGUGGUUGAUGAAGGAGACGAUUGCCUUGGACAUGCUCAUGUACUUUUGGCAGCAUUUGAAAGACACGUUGAUGGCAGUUUCUCGGUCAAACCUCUGAAGCAGAAACAAAUUGUGGACCGUGUGAGCUACCUCUUACAGGAGAUCUAUGGGAUUGAAAACAAAAACAACCAAGAAACCAAGCCCUCCGAUGAUGAAAACAGUGACAACAGCAACGAAUGUGUUGUCUGUCUGUCAGACCUGCGAGAUACACUCAUCCUGCCCUGCAGACAUCUGUGUCUGUGCAACUCCUGUGCAGACACUCUUCGUUACCAGGCCAACAACUGUCCCAUCUGCAGGCUGCCCUUUAGAGCCCUCCUGCAGAUCAGAGCUGUGAGGAAAAAGCCUGGAGCUCUUUCCCCUGUGUCCUUCAGCCCUGUUCUGGCUCAGACUAUGGACCAUGACGAGCACUCAAGCACAGACUCGGUUCCUCCCGGCUUUGAGCCCAUCUCGCUGUUAGAGGCUCUGAAUGGUCUGCGGUCUGUGUCUCCUGCCAUCCCAUCUGCCCCCCUGUAUGAUGAAAUCAACUUCUCGGGGGGUCUGGGUGGAGACAGCAGACAACUGAGCUCCCCGGAGCAUUUGAGUGAUGGGAGUCUGCAGAAAAGCAAAGUCAGCAAGUCACCUGACAGCACCCUUAGGUCUCCAUCCUCUCCCAUCCAGGAGGAGGAUGAGGAGAAGCUGUCCGAGAUGUCUGAUGCUCAGCCACACACGCUGCUCUCCAGCAGCCCCGCCCCCACAGACGCCACAGCGACCGAGGAUGUGGCAGAGUCCCUGUCUCCAGAUGAUGAGGACAGGAUGCAUUCUGGAGGAGACAUCCUGCAGGACUGCAGCAGUGAACACAGCAGCUUGACCAAAACAGAGAGCGACCCACCGGGCGACCUGUCUCUGCCGGGUUCAUCCGAGUCAACGGAAAGCCUGAAAAGUCAGAGCACAAACUGCUCCAGCCAGCCUCUCCUGUGUCCCACGAGCAGCCUUCACAUGGAAGAUGAGCAUCUCAACCCCUGACUCAGAUUCAGCCUUUUCCUUCCCUUCCAUCAGAACAGAUUUAUGCUUUACAACGAUCAUCCAAGUCCCUCUGUUCCUUUUACCCCCCCCAGCCCAGUCUUCUGCUUCUGUGAUCAGAGUCGACAAAAGGCCCUGACAGGAAGUUCACCAGGAUGAGGGAGGACUCUGUUUAUCCCAUUAAUGCCUCUGACAUUAGAAAAGAAAUUUGACCCAUGCAAAGAUGCUGUUGGUACCUUACUCUAUGACUGAUGUUUUAAAAAAAAGAAAAAGAAAAGGUAUUGAUUCAUUAACUGUCAGAUGAUGUUCAGUUGUUUGUCUUGGCCAAAGUUGUGGACUAGUAAUGUGGACUCCGGAGAUAUUUCACUACCUGUCAUGGUGGUGCUUUUAAGCACACUUUAAAUUAACUCUGUAUGGAUUUCUGACACUAAAUUCAAAAGAAAACAUAAAUACAGUUUGUGUUUAGGUAUUGUAUUCAUUAGUGAAAUUCAUUAAUGACUUGAUAACUUGUUUUUCCAGUCAGGUUGAGCAUUUUCAUUUAUGAGCAGAAAUUUGAAAACAUAUUACUUAUGUGUUUGUGUGUCCAUUUGAAGUGAUUUUUGCACUGGUUUAUAAUCCAUUCCUUAUAACAAGAGUUUAUGAAGACAUUAGUUUAAGUUGUCUGCAGUCUUAUACAUCUACAUGUCCGUUAUUUUUUUUUUUAUUAUUAUUAUUUCAAAUGAUGUGAUAUCUAUGUAAUAUAACUGUACUAGAAUCCUGUGUAGUAACUUCCAAAAUUGUAUACUUGCACAUUAUAGAAAAAAAACCCUGAUAUUGAAGUAAUGGGACUAGAAUCAGUUAACAUGCACAUAUUUAAGACUUUGAUAAUCAGUAAGAGCUACAGAUUCACAUCCUAACAGCUGAACUCAAAGACGGUUAAAGCCUGCAACAAGCCUAGAUGCUCCAGCUACAUGUAUGCUGACUGACUCAGUAUGGCACAGUAAGUGGUGCUUGUCGUAGAUGUGGCUCAUCUCUGUACAGUCUUUAUUUUUGUGGCAGUGCCGGUGUCUGCUUAUGUAAUGUAGCUGCAAAAAAAACAACAACAAAAAAAAAAACAGAGGUCGGGGUGUUUAUGUGGCUACAACGUCUUUUACGUACCUUGGUCCUGUAUGUGUAGCGCCAUGCAUAUAGAUCUAUGUGCCUUGAAUUGAUAUGGCUGCCUGCUUGUUGCAUUGGACAUUAGUGUUCUUCGAAAUGCUACAGCACACAACGGUCUUCAGCCCGCAGACAGGAUUUUUGAUGCUGAUGUACAGAGUCUUUUUUUUUUCUAUCGCAAACUUCAUGCCACUGGAAAAAUGUAUCUUGUUAUUGAGCAAUAUUAAAUCGAGCUGUUCAUUUACUAUGUUAUGACCAUUUAUCAAUUAUGCAUUUAAUCUUAGUAUUUAGGUUCAAGUGGAUUCUCUUAAUGUACGUUUGGCUAGAAAGGAAAACAUCCAAUGCGAUAGAUUCAAACAUUGCAUUUUAAUAAUUGGGCUAGCAUUUGCAUGUGAAUUCGUAGACGCUUAAACCUCUCACGGCUUUUAAGUAUGGUGGUUAUUUUUGUCUCCCCCCCCUCCUCUUCUGUGCCAUUUCAACUUGACACUGUGCCUUCCUGUUCUUGUUCUGACCACUAUUGACCUGGUAUCCAGGAUAACGCCACAGUAGGUGGUCCAUGGCUCUCUGUAAAAUCAAUACCUGUCUUUCCUCGUGUGUAUAGCAGCAUGUGUAUAACAAUAAAGAACAAAGACUCAGUACUUCAACUACCAA